AACAAUAGUUAUUAUUUUAGAUGAAAGAUGAAGACCGGCGAGGAUGAUUUGGCUGAUGUUCUAAAAUGUUUAGAGAUUGAUAAAUAUUGUGUGAAUAAAUUAACUUCUUCCACAUCCACAUCUACAUUAUUUAAGAUUAAUAGAGCGGAGAUAGAUUUGCAUGAAUUCUCUAGUUCUGUGUUUUUAAUGCUCCAGGUUUAUCAGGACUUGAAUGAGGAUAAGAAAAUCAAGGGCACAUUCUUAACCUCUAAUGAAGAAAUACUAGAGGAAGUCGAGCUCGGUACUUUAUUGAAUUUGGAGAGUUCUUUUAUUCUCAAUUAUAUCAGAGAACGGAUUGGACUACAGCUAUCCGUGUGUCCCGGUAUCCAGGAGACAAAUGUGAUAAACCUAGAUAUAAACACCAGAGAAACUGUUAUUGAGAAAUAUGGAACUUAUUUUAUAUACAGGAGCAGGAUGUGUAGCAGAGUUGUUGAAAACGGAAAUCGGGGGGAACUUUGUCCUGGUUGUCAAAUAUGGAUACAAAAUAAUAUAGAGCUGGGAUAUCAAGUGAAGAGUGAACCAAAGCGAAACACAAAUAAGCGGAAAGAAAAAGAGGAAGAACAUGAAGAAUUAGACGCAGAGAAUGAAUUAAGCCUUAAUGAUGAAGAUCAGCUAUUUGAUCCGAGCGUGAAACUGGAGAAUGAUUCCAAAGAAAACGGUGUAUUAAACAAUGCUUCUGCUCUUCUGAGCACUAAACGCUGUGAAAAAUGUGAUCUCAAAUUUAAAACUCUUCAAGAACUUUACACUCAUUUAUCUGUUUGUGAGCCAAGUUCCGUGUUCUACCCGUGUAGUCAAUGUACUUUUGUAUUUCCAUCUGAAGCAAAACUGAAAACACACGACAGAUCACAUGACGAAGAAAUUGCAAAGAAAUGUCCGAUAGAGCAGUGCCAAAAGAUGUUUAAGAUCCAGUUGGGGAAAAGUAUGCGGAACCAUCUUAGAAAUUUACACAAAAUAAACCCAGACUGUUUGCCGGAAGAUUUGAAAACCAAAAUUGAAAUGGACAAUUUGAGGGUGAAAGGAAGACGGUUCCAUCCUUGUGAUUUCCCUGGUUGUAUUUAUGUUGGGAAGGAUAUAACUGCUCUCAGAUAUCACCGGCCUGUACAUACUGGUGAAGCACUCUUCUGUUGUACAACUUGUGGGAAGAGGUUUAGGUACAAGAAGGAGCUUUUUCUCUGUGAAAAAAGGCACAAGGGAGAGUAUGACUAUUUCUGUGUUAACUGUGAUAAAAAGUUCUUGUCCAAGAAAAAACUAGAUCUCCACGUGAUGGUUCAUACUGGAGAGAAACCCUUCUCUUGUCCAAUAUGUUACUUCAGGUGCUCUAGAAAGGAUAAUCUUAACUCUCACAUAAAGAAGCAUCAUGGUAUGACCUGGAGGGAAGCUGAGCAGCAAACAGGAAGCUCUAUCAAUCAAACUAACAGGACACAUAUUGCAUCUAGUCAAGAUAAAAGGCCCCAUGUCCAGAUUGUGCAACUGAACGAGAUAAGCUUUCAACCCUGAAAAUACAUGAAUCAAAAUUAAUUUGAAAACAAAAAAAUGUACUUUACUUAUUAUUUGUAAUGUAUAGCCAGAUUUUGAAAAAAUCUGUUUGUUUCAAAUUUUAUUUUAACUGCUUUUGUCUAUUCUUCAUCUAUAUGAGGAAUUGUAAAAUAUGUUUUGAUGCACAUUUGAUUAAAAUGUUUUAAGAUAUAGUUACUAAAAUAUAUACUCCACUGUGAUUAUAACCUAACAAAUGUUUGAACUAUGUUGUUACCUAUUCACAGCGGAAAACUAGGCCUGAGGCCAAAUUUAAAGAAUUUGAGCCGCGGCUUAAAUAUUUUGAGUCGGCACAAAUAUUGUUGGUUUCGCUUAAAAUUGUAUUUAAUUUUUUAAGAUUUAAGCCGGCGCUCAAUUAAAACCCCGAUUUUGUCGGAUUUGAGACGCGGCUCAAAUUCAUUAAAUUCACACUCUGGGCAACUUGCUGUUCGGUGACGGCCGUUAAUUUUUAUUUGCCUGACCCAACCUGAAUUUGUAUAGUAAAAACCUUUAGCUAGAUGUUAAUACCAUCUAAUGAAAGGUUUAUGGUCUUAAAUUGAAAAGAUAACAUAUUUUAGUAGUGUUGGGUUAGACCUAAGCAUUAAUAGUGUUCACUGCUCACAAAGAAAUUCACUACAUCGCUUAGAUUUUAUUUUACAGCAAUGCCAUUAACUCAUGUUUUCAGA